AUGCCCAACGAGGUGGGUACAUCGACGAACGGACUGACACAGUCGCGCCACCAGCCCAUUGCGGUCCUCUCGGUCCUCUCGUUCGUAGGCGGCGCCAUGGGCUUCGCCAAGGCCGGCAGCGUGCCCUCCCUCGCGGCGGGCGUGGGCAUUGGCGCGGCGAUGGCCGUAAGCGCUAUGCGGAUCCAUGACUCCUUGCCUGGCGGGCUGGAGAUGGCGGCCGGCAGCAGCGCGGUCAUGUUUGUGCCUAUGCUGAGACGCGCACUGCGGACGCGCUCGCCCAUCCCCAUCACCAUGUCUAUCCUCGCAGGCGUCAGCGCAGGAUUCUACGGUCACGAGGCGUAUGACGAGUAUGAACACAGGCUGAAGUAG